GUGGGCAUGUGGCUAUGCAAUCACCAACUGGUUUCAGUCUUUGUUGGGAUCGUUGACUUGCCUCUUCUCCCAGGCUGGCGAAGUUAGUGAUGAAUAUUUCGGAUGCAAAUACGGUGUACUUCCUGGACGCCGGGAUGGGAAGGGUUUCUUCCACACAGUGUUUCAAUCUUGCCGGGCGGUGCUCUAUUUGAUUGGCUUGUUCUGGAUGCAGACGCUCUUGGCUUGGCGACUUGACGUACUAGAAAGAACCUCAAGGCAGAAAUACUGCAGCCACUGCUUUCGCAUGCUCAUUUGGGUGCAAGCAUUUGGUGUUGCAGUGAUUGUACUUUCGCUUGGUGUUUUUGCUCAACAAUACUUUGGGAACGCGUAUUUCAAAGACUACUACUCCGGAGCACUGACAGCCACAGCGGCAGCGCUGUUGACUUGGUUGUGCAACAUGACGGCUAGCGCAGUCGUGAUUUGCUCCCUCAUCCAAUGUUUGCUUAUGUUGCGGAGGGUGCUACGCCUUUCAGAGUCUGAAAUCGCAUCAGCUCCUGUGAGACUGUCUUUAUCACGCGCCCGAAGGUUUGCCUUUCUACAAGUGUUGGGGGUAUCUGUCAGCCUCGUGCUCACGAUUUUUGUAGUUCCAGCCGCGGCUGUGUCCACUGUGCUUGCUCCCAUGUUGUCAGAGGAGCAUACUUGGGUGAAAUGGGUGGUAGUUGUGGUUCAGGCGCUCGAUUCCCUAGGGAACGCGGUGGCUGCAGUGCUGCUGUCUGGCAGCCACAGGUUGUCUGAGAAAGACAGCCAACCCAGCCGACCUGACCAAACCAGUCGACGGGUAUCUUGCCGAGUAUGCCAGGCGAAGCCUAGAGCAGCGCCAGAUGAUAUGGCAUGGAGUCCGGCCUGGAAAGCAAAAGUUGAAGAACUCUCGUUGCGCGGCAUGACCUUGCGCAGCCUCUUGCACUUCUAUCAAGAAGACCUGCUCUCCAUUCAAGACUGGAGGGCACACAAGACUAGAGAUGUGGUCCGCCGGGCGAUAAUUCCCCUUACCAGCGUAGAAGAAUCCGCAUAUGCCGUUUCAACUUUGAACAGGGAUGGCGCUCGCAGAGCUCACAUCAUGGUGACCCACAACUGGGCUAAUUCCUUCAAGGACUUGUUCGCGGCCGUCAUCGCCGAUGCUCUGGAAGAAUGCAGCUUCAACUUGACAACAAACCUGUUGGAGGAAGACUCUGACAUCCUUCGUGAGAUCCUGAGUCAGAGCGGUUGCUUGGAUGACACGUAUUGGAUUUGUGCGUUCGCUGUGAACCAGCACAGCAGCAUAUGCCACAGUAAUCCGUACGACCGCGACCCUUUUUCAAACCAGCUGCAUCCGGUUUGUAAUUGCAGCAGCGUGAACAUCUCUGACCCAGAUUGCAGAAGUACUGUGUCAGAGAUUAACAAAUUCGAUGACAUGAUGUAUCACCUUGCAGCAACAGGAAGCUGCAGGCAAGUAGUAGCGGUAGACCAACCUCUUGAUUUGUUUAAUCGUGCUUGGUGUGUCGCGGAAAUCGCAGAAGCGAAGCGUCUGCACAUGAAGCAGGCGCUCAAACUUCCAUCCAAAGCGACCAUCAUGCAACGUUCACACACUUUAGCGAAUUUGGACGUCCGGACCAUGCGUGCAACCAUGGAAACGGACAAGAAGUUCAUACUCGAAAAGAUCGCAAAGAGCAAGAACAUCGAACAGUUCAACGCAGAGCUCCAAUCGCUCAUUUUUGAGCCGAAGUCUGGCCUCCUGGCAUCUUGGAAUGCCAUGGAUAGUUUGCAACAAAUUGGAGAGGUCGGCCGGCUAAUUCGUUGGGGGCUUGCUGAUGCAGGGACUGGGAAAGUGUGGAAAGCAUGGGAGAUCCAUGAAUGA